AUGGAACAGGUUCUUGCAGUUCUCCUAGUAGGAUCGACUUCCCCCAUGCUCACAAGCCGGCCACUGAUCAUCUCACAGGCGAUCGUCCUCAUUUACGCAUUCUGUGUCCUUGCUUAUAACCGACGAAUGACCAGAAAACAUGCCGCCGCUGAAGCAUAUCAGAGAAUAGAGCGGGGCACCGAGCUACAUCCGGUGUCGACUGGAGGGAGCGACAUACCAUUCGGGGCCCGAGCGCUAGAGAAGGGUGUCCAGGUAGAUGGUAUUUGGAUCUCUACCAGCAACACAUCAAGUCCAGCGCAGAUUGCAACCCCAAACGCAAGCAGGCCGGCAACGCCAGUCGUAAAGCAAACACGUAUAACCUCGGCUGCUGAUACCGCAAGCGAUGUGCAAUCCCGCUGGCACACGGAACAGUCUGUUCUCAACGCAGCUGGUCGUGACUCUCGACGAACUGUGGCGCCCUCCAAAAAAGAGAUCUCGGAUGGCAGCAAGUCCAACAGCGGUAAUUCCGACAGACUUCCUGAAAAUCAGCUCAUCCAUUCAGAUAUUGUUACGCCUCAGGAGUCCCAGAACUCGAUCGGAUCAGAUAGACGAUCAUCACGAGGAUUCUUCGGCCCACAUAGCUCAUGGCUAACAAAGUCCCCCGAAAAGACAAAGCGGAAGUCGGUUGCUGACGGUGAGUCCAUUGAUGCAAAUGAUAUGGCUGCUGUGCUUCGCAAGAUGCUAAUAUAUCAUAUCUAG